AAGAGUUUGCGAGCGGAGCUCUUCCCCAAAGCGUCACCCAGCAGCAGCUGUUUAGCGGAGCGCAGCCCCGGCUGUUCCCUGGGAAAGAAGAGCGGCGGCUCCUCCGGCUCUUUCCCCUUCUCUCUCUCUCCCCCCAGCCGAGCCAACGCCGGAGCCGAGCGAUGGUGGCGGCUCUUUCGGGCUCAGCUCGGUGAAAUCCGCGGCCGGAGCCAGCCCGGGUCUGGUGUUUCCCCCUUCCAGAAGGCAAAAUGGGAUGUUGCACCGGGCGCUGCACUUUGAUCUUCCUCUGCACUUUACAGCUGCUUGUUGCAUUAGAGAGACAAGUGUUUGAUUUUCUGGGCUACCAAUGGGCUCCGAUUCUGGCCAAUUUCCUCCACAUCAUCAUGGUGAUCCUUGGCCUUUUUGGGACAAUCCAGUACAGACCACGCUACAUUGUGGUGUACGCCAUCUGGACGGCCAUUUGGGUCACCUGGAAUAUUUUCAUCAUCUGCUUUUAUUUGGAAGUUGGCGGCCUUUCGAAGGAGAGUGAACUUUUGACGUUUAACAUCUCCCAACACCAGUCGUGGUGGAGUGAGAACGGUCCUGGUUGCGUAAGGAAGGAGACGCCCAUGAUCGGCAUCAAAGGUCUGGACAGCCAUUCGUACGUCUCGGUGAUCGGUUGCGCGUUGGAGUACCGUUACAUCGAGGUCAUGCACAGCGCCCUGCAGAUUCUGGUGGCGCUGGUGGGAUUCGUGUACGCUUGUUACGUUGUCAGUGUCUUUACAGAAGAAGAAGACAGUUUUGAUUUCAUUGGUGGAUUUGACCCAUUCCCUCUCUACCAUGUUAAUGAAAAACCUUCCAAUCUUUUGUUCAAGCAGACGUACCUGUAA